AUGGAAUACAGAUGGGAGCUGGGUAUGGAUGAAAGCCUUUUCUUGCACCUCGAUCGUCAGCAGGCCACGUUUGAGCUUCACCUGCAGUACCGCAUGAACAGAGAGAUGAUGAAGCUGAGCAACAGUUUGGUGUACGAGGGUCGUCUACAGUGUGGGAGUGAGGCAGUGGCUACCCAGGCCCUCACUAUACCCCACCCACACAUGGCCUGUCAGGUGAUAGCAGGGUCUGCCUGGAUGCGGCAAGUGCUUGAUGUACAGUUGACAAGUUCUGUUGUGUUCUUAAACACUGAAAAACUGAGUGCAUCGCACAGUAAAGUCCAGGGAGGUGGAUUUAGAAAUGAGACAGAAGCCAACAUUGUGAACCAUGUCAUCAAAGGAUUUGCACAUGUGGGCAUUUCAGGCAGUGAGAUUGGAGUGAUUGCCCCUUAAAGAGGUCAGGUCCUUCACCUGAGGGAGAAGCUAGGUCAGGGUCACCAUCAGGGGUCAAGUGUAGAGGUGAACACAGUAGACCAGUACCAGGGCAGGGAUAAGGACAUCAUUAUCAUAUCGUUUGUCAUGAGCUCCAGUUGUGAAAAGGAAAAGCCCGGAGAACUCCUAAAGGACGUGCGGCGCCUCAAUGUGGCUGUGACCCGAGCCCGCUACAA